AAAAUAGAAGUGCUAAGUCAUCAGUUCAAAUAAUAAGUACGUGGAAUUAAAAUAAUUUAUUCUUAAUUUUUAAAAAAUGUUUUCUAUUGUUCUUUUUGAGGUCCUUGCCCUGCUGGCGCUGAGGAAUGUGCUUAGUCGCUUUACUGAGUUAUCCUGUACCGUGGGUAAUUCCACUGAAGUCAUCUCCAGCCUAGAAGUUCUGAGGCUCAAGGCAAAGAUACGGACUACUGACAACCCCCGAAAAAUUAAUGCAGUUUGCCCUUCCUGGGCCAUUAGGAAGCUGGCACCGGGCCUGGGACCCUCCUGGAGGACUUCGCUGGCCAGAUGGUCGGCUUGAUUUAAAGCUGGUCAGAGCUGCUCUUUCCUGGCUGCUUUGGAAGGCCACAGACGGGUCGGGUAGGGCAACGUGAGCCUCGGCGCUCGGGAAGAAAAGCCGUGGACUGCUAAGGGUUGUGCCCUAACAUAGGGUAGAGCAGAGCAGCCAGGCCAAAAACCCAAGCCAGCGUCCGCAGCCACCGCCCACUGAGCCUGCUUUGCAAAUCCCAGCCGGCCCACCGCUCUCUCCCACGCUCACGUAGCCGAGACGUCUGGCGUACGCUCCGCCUCCCGGCGUGACAGCGGCCCCCUAGCACGUCCGACUAUUUGCGGCGACAGCCUCUUUACGCUCUUCUCUGCAGGUCCCUCUUUAUUCCAACUGUCCAGGAUUGGGCCCCACCACUGCAAAACAGCCAGCUAACUUCAACUCUAGCCAAUAAAGUGCGCGGGCUGGGACCACGUGACAGCAGUGACGUGUGCUCCGUCGGCGCCCAGAUCUCGUUCGUUUUCGUAGAUCGCCUAGAGGGCGUGUAGUCUACUGGAGAACUCCCUACAUCCGACCUCCAUUACCGCACUGCCUCCGGUGGCUGCUGGGAUACCGGGCGCCUGGUCUAGGCACUACUCAGUCCUCCAGCUGCCCGGGAAUACCUCCAGUUCGGCCGCGGCCCGCCGGCCUUCCUUGCCCCGCCUCGUCCGUGCGGCGCGUCCGGUCCGCUCGCGGGCCCACUUCUCUCGGGAGCCCCCACCCAGGCGCAUGGCUCCAUGAAGCAGAAGAAGACAGAGCGCGAGAGGUGCCGUCCGCCCCGGCUGCGCCUGGACCAAGAGAGAAGGUACAGGAAGAAGGAAUGGAAUCAGAAGGAAGAAAAUUCAUUUCAGAGACAAAGUAGCUCCCCUCUUUUGUAGCUGUUACCCUGGAAAUACAAACUUUCUGCUUUCAGAAAAGUUUGGGAGUUGCUGGUCUGGAACUCAGGAUAUCUUCUAGCCCUACUGGUCUGAGACCCUUUGUGACUAUGUGACUUGGAGUUCUCUAGCAUUCCAAAUCUCAAGCACUGAAUCAGGAUGGGAAAAAGACGUUGUGUUCCUCCACUCGAGCCCAAGUUGGCAGCAGGCUGUUGUGGGGUCAAGAAGCCCAAGUUAUCUGGAAACGGAACACACGCUCACGGGAACCAGUCCACAACUGUCCCUGGCUCUAGUUCAGGACCUCUUCAAAACCACCAGCAUGUGGAUGGCAGCAGUGGUCGGGAGAAUGUGUCAGACUUAACUCUGGGACCUGGAAACUCUCCCAUUACACGAAUGAAUCCCGCAUCGGGAGCGCUGAGCCCUCUUCCCCGACCCAAUGGAACUGCCAACACCACCAAGAAUCUGGUGGUGACUGCAGAGAUGUGCUGCUACUGCUUUGAUGUCCUCUACUGUCACCUCUAUGGCUUCCCACAGCCACGACUUCCUAGAUUCACCAAUGACCCCUAUCCGCUCUUUGUGACAUGGAAGACAGGGCGGGACAAGCGGCUUCGUGGCUGCAUUGGGACCUUCUCAGCCAUGAAUCUCCAUUCAGGACUCAGGGAAUACACGUUAACCAGUGCACUUAAGGACAGUCGAUUCCCCCCUCUGACCCGAGAGGAGCUGCCUAAACUUUCCUGCUCUGUCUCCCUCCUUACUAACUUUGAGGAUGCCAUUGAUUACCUGGACUGGGAGGUAGGGGUCCAUGGGAUUCGAAUUGAAUUUGUCAAUGAAAAAGGCAUCAAACGUACAGCCACAUAUUUACCUGAGGUUGCUAAGGAGCAAGACUGGGAUCAGAUCCAGACAAUAGAUUCCUUACUCAGAAAAGGUGGCUUUAAGGCUCCCAUUACCAGUGAAUUCAGAAAAACGAUCAAGCUUACCAGGUACCGAAGUGAGAAGGUGACAAUCAGUUAUGCAGAAUAUAUUGCUUCACGACAGCACUGUUUCCAGAAUGGCACUCUUCAUGCCCCGCCCCUCUACAAUCAUUACUCCUGACACAAGGCUGCAUGACCAGUCCCACCCCCCUGUGGCCACGAAUGGCUAUGACAUCAUUGGAGCAGAUGCCUCCUCUUCCUGGUCCAGUUACUUCUAUUACUGCACCAUUUUAUGAUGCUAGCAUCCGUUGCCAAGUCUGCCUCCAGCUGACCGGUGGGGGCGGGGGGACGUUAUAUUGAAUGAAACAACUUGAGGGGCCCAAGCCUUAUCUCAGCCUUUCCUCAUUAUGGGGUUCCAUUGGAUUGGGGCUCCUCCAUGACUAGUGAGAAUUGCCGUGUGGGUUCAGAAGAUCCUUGGCAUGCAAGUGGCUACCUGUGUGUUGGCCACACAGUGGAAGCUGGAAUUGAUGAUUCUUGAAGGCUCAACCCACAGGCACCCUUAUAGCCUCCCCAGAUUAAGGAGGUGUAUUCCCUGGCAGUCUGGGCAACGGAGACCAACAAGAAACAUUUUUAGGUUGUUUUAAAUUCCUUUUUUUAAAUCUCCAAUUUAUUGCAUACCAACAGUUGAUCACAACCUCCAUGCUUCAUAAGUGGACGCCAUGUUAGGGUUGAACGUGGGCACUUUGAGUCCUUCGAGGCUCCUGGACAGAAACCCACAUCGUAUUGGAUGGCGUGGCAUAUCUCAUUGCUCAAUCAGCUUUGAAGGAUUUAAUUUUCAUCCUAUUAGCAGUUGGAUGUUCUGACACUUCUUCCAUUGAGUCUCCUGGUAUUGAACAGAGAGAGCUCUGUGGUGUAACCUGCUGAGGAAUGAACUGGGAUGCCUGCAGGAGGUCCUGACAUAAUUGCUACAUGCAGUGUGAAAGGAGAGACUGCUUCCUUACCACCCGGCUACCUCACUCCUUUACUGGUAGCAGUGCCUAUAGCUGGAUCUAGGUUCACAGAAGACAUACUCAAACAAGCACCUGGGUUGGGCUUUAGAAAGACACGUUGUCACAGGAGAGAAUAUAGGAUCUCCAAGCUAUUUUUUUUCUUUUCAGGCAGCCAUCUUUAAGGGACUUAAAAAACAGUGGAAUUUCUUUUUCUAGUUCCCCUGUAGAAGUGAGAAAACAGUUUAUAAUUUAGUCCUUUAUAGGACUUAAGAACAAAGCUGUGUAGUUAAACAAGGUGAAUUGUUAUCUUGCUUAAUAUGCUGGGAAUCUUCACUGCAUCAGGGCAGAGCCAAGUAGCUCAUUUUAUUCUAGGUCAUUUAGAUUUUCAUGUGGCAUAUUUCCCUUUCCCAGUGUUGCUUACUCUAAAUAGCUCUCAGCAACUUUUCUCUUUCCUCUUGCCUGUUCUCUCACUGGUGGCAAAGUUUAUAGAAUUAAGGAGUUGGAAGGUGCUUUGGAAACAUUGUCAUGGAGGCACUGCUGAAAUUAAUCACAGGUAGGAGGUGGCCAGUUGGAAGAAAAGACUGUAAGGGUAAUACACUGGUUUUCAACAACAUGCAAGUGGAUUGGGUGUCAACCUGGUGGACAAUGUUUUGAUUUAAUUUAUUUUAAAAAGUUUAUGUGGUGAUGGUAUGGCUUUCCAGAAUGGGCAGAUAGUAAAGUCUAACAGAAAUGGGGUGGAGGGAACAAGGACACAGUGUAAGAAAUGACAUGUGCUAUUACAGGCAUUGCUGUCUCAUUUCCUGGAAGAGGUGAAUAGAGGUGAGGUGAGCAGAUAUGCUUGGCAUCUUCUGUUCAUGAGGAUGUGGACUGCAGGGGGAAUGGGCCAGCAGCAGGAUGCCGGGCUGCAUUCCUGCAUCCUGCCACUCUUCCUACAGAGUUAUUGAAAACUAUUGAAGAUGAAGGAUUCUUUCAUGAUUUCCUGCUGCUGAGAAUAAUAAAUAUCUUAUUACACACGCGACAACAGUUAUUUUAGGUGCCACGGAUUGAUGUCAGGGUGGUCAGUUUGGGACUAAACCACCCACCUUCAAUUUGUACAACAGUAUUGAUACAUAGGGCUACACUCAUUACUGUUCAAAUGUUCUAUGUUAAAAGUUGUGUUUAAUUUCUAAAGAUUUAAAAAUCAAAAAAAUUGGUGCUAAAAUUUUAUCCCUGAGCAUGCUCAGUGAAACUGGUCAUGCAAGCAUUUACAGUGCCAUGCUCUUCAAGCCUUUUUUUUUCUUGUAGAAAUGUUGCCCUAUUUAAUUUUAUUUUAUUGAGGGUGGGGUAGGAUACCUGCCAUUUAAGGAAAUGAACAAAAUUUAAAACCUGCAAAAUGCAGGGGAAAGGGAAUCAGUGCACAAGAAUUGGGCUGGUUAAGACCAGCACCACACUGCAGUGGGCUCAGUAUUUGUGGAGAAGCCUUACUCUGCACGUUCCUUCAUGCUCCAUACAAGUCCAGCCACGGAAGUGCUCGAGGUCCUCUUGCUUGUCAAGAGUACUUGAGUUGACGAAAAAAAUUAUUUGGCCCUGUAAGCAAUGGCACUAUAAGUGUCCAUUCCAAAUGGGGCUUAUUCAGGAAGCAGUCUGGAAGUAGAUGGUCAUGGUCACCUCAUAAAGAUGUGUGGCAGUGGCUCUCUGGAAAGAUACUAAGUCUGGAUCAUCCAUGUGGCAGCUUUGUGUAGGGGGAUGAUGGCUCUAAACUGAAACUGAACUGCCUUCCACUCACUUAACCAAUGCAGUGAUGAGGAUGGCCAAUGUGUGAGUGGUGGGUUUAAAGAGAAGGGUUUUUUUGCUUGGUGUUUUGUUAGUCCUUGUGCUGCUCAAGCUGAACAGUAGGUGACCACUGUUUUAAAGGGACCAGCCCAACUUGGCUGGUUUGGUUCAGAAUUUGUUUCAUCCCUAGCUGUGAGUGCCUUUUGAUCUGGAAAGUUAGGUUGUCUCAUAAUACCCACAGCUGGGACAUUCUCUCUGUAAUUAUGAAUUGUGUUUGUUUUAUAUUAAAAGAGAAUGUCUUUGAUCUCACUAGAGUUUGUUGGUGUUAGAUUGUUUCCACUGUGAGUUUCUUAAACUUUUUCGCUUCAUAAUUAAUAAAGCAAUUCAUGUUAGAGUCUCUUUCAACAUGAAAGGUUUGUAAUUGAGACAUUUUAUUGUUUAUAAUAAAAAUAAUCUAUACAGGAGUGUUAGGUGUUAAUUUUAAUAUUUGCACAAAAUCUGUUUUCCAUGUUAACACCUACAGUUUCACUAACUGUUGAUGUCGUUUUUCUGUUGAGAUUCUGGAGCUUAGGGAGCUUGUGGGGCUUUUUUUGUUUUCUGUUUUCAUCCUUAUUUCCCUGAAGCAAGAGACUUUGUAUGACCUUCAAGUGCAAGGACUUCAUACCAAUUCUUCACAUUACACUUGGUUGCCUCUUGGCUAUAUAACUUCUGAGUGCAAAUCAUUGAACUCUUUAACAAAGUAUUGUAGAGAAUAAAUCAUAAUGGGUAAAAAUUGUUUGGCCUCUUUUUUUGGAACAUUGGUAACAGUCAACAACAAUAUAGUAUUCAGUCAGGCUGCAUAUUUUGUGUGGUAUUAAUGACCUCCAAUAACCAUGCACUUGUGUGUGUGUGGUUUUAGCAAUGCUGCUGAUGCUUCAGAGUCAAGUUUCCUGAACCAGGGUUCAUGAACCCUUUCAAGUUUAGUCUGGAAGAAGGUUCAUAGAUCUCGUUAGCUUUCCAUUGAAACCGAUUUUGCCCAUAAAGUUAAAAACUUUAGUAAGGGGGGAAAAAUGCUCAAACUUAAGAUGAUUUGGAGACAUGAAGCAAAGACAUUGGGACAAUGGUAUGUUCUAACCUAAAAAAAAAUGUUUAUUCUUGGAUGGCCCAAAACAGAUGAGAUGUAUUUGGAAAAAGUGACAAGUAGUUUUUCAAACAUUCAUAUUCUGCAAUUGUCAGCCUUCAGUUUAAAUUUUUGCAGGUAGUAAUUUUUUUUUUAAGAUAACACAGUUCUGAGGCCCUUACACUUGGCAGAGCUCAUAAGCAUAUGGCCAACAUGUAAGGUGUCUGGGUUAGAUAAUUUUAGAAAUAAACUACAAGCAACUGAUUAAACAUACAGUUUGAUAAUAACUCUGGGUUGUUUGAGAGGAAUUGUUUCUUCAAGAGAAAAGAAGGUUCUAGAGAUGAAUAUUCCAUAUUACAUGUAACAACAAUUUCAUGUUACUGUUCCAAGUGGGACUUGGUGGUACACUGUAACAAAAUUUGCCAUAUUAACUUAUCCUUAUUGUCUGAAAUACGAACUAAGUCAUCUGGUCAGAGAUCAGUGGUGCUAAUUCUGAUGCGAGUGGAGGUGGGGAGGUACAUUAGAGCUGUUUCCAUAUUAAUAACAGUAUGUGACCUUGGCUUGAAUAUCUGGCUUUGAAAUACUACUUACUUGUUGAGCUAGUUGACAGACUUGACUCAAACCAAUACUGUACAAAGAACUUGUAGUAGCAUCCUGAGGAAUGAAAUGCAAAUCCCAUUCUCUCAGUCUUUUUCCUUAUCUAAAAUGAAGCUCUGACAGAUUCUAGGAUCUCUGUCUUCCUGCUGCUUAUUCAUUUUCUAUGUAUAUUCUGUAGGCUACAGUGAACUAACUGAAAAACAAGUCACCCCUCUGAUUUCAAAACUGUUGAUAAGGGGAACCAAACAGGUCUCAAGUUCACCCAGUCACUCAAUCCCCUACCACAGUAUGGCCAUUCUGGUUACCAAAGAAGUAACCUGGGGUGCUGACAUUGAAGCCUUCAUAGGCUGUCAAUCAGACCUGAGAUGGAAUCUUUGCUGUUAUUUAUGAGCCAGACAAGUAGCUGAAUUUCCUUUUUGUGACAGGAGUAUGCAUCUCUAAGGCAGCCUGUUGAUGAUGCUUUGCCCAGGCCCCAGCACAAGCUGUGAAUGGCUGGAUGGCUGUUGACUAUCCACACUUGUCCAGUGCUAGGUGUAGAUGGGAGCUGUGGGGCCAGUGUGAACUUUCCAGAGCUAUGGGCAUAGACAAGAAGCAGCAUAAUUGGUGUGCUCAGCCCCUCAAUUCAGGAUAAUCUUUUUGAGAGAUGGGUACUGAAAUAGGCCCAGAUUCACCUCAAGAAGAGUUCUCAUGUCCUGACCAGAGCCACUUGGUUGGACAUCAUCCCUCAGAAGCAAAAGGCACUGGUUGACUCCUGAUUCCCAGUUAGCCUGAGUUGUGGGUUCUGUGCCUGGUUGGGGCACAUGCAAGAGGCAGCUGAUCGAUGUUUCUCAUGCCAGUGUUUCCCUCUCUCCUAUUUCUCCCCUUCUCUCUCUUUAAAAA